AUGGCGGAUGAAGGCGACAAAGGAGAGGGGCGCAGCCGUCUCCGCCUCCGUGCCCAGCCGUCGGGCUGGUGGGCCUUCAAGCUCCCUGUCGUCCCCGCGCCGGAGGAGGCAAAGAGGCCGGUUCCCCCAGCGGCGGCGGUUAAUAAUCCGUCCGAGGAGGCCCGUCCCCUUCCCCGUUCCCAGCGCCUGCGCGUGCGCCAGGCCCCUCUCCCCGACCCACACUACACCCCCGUGGCGGCGGAGGAGAGGCCGCCGAAGAGGGCUAGGAUGUGCCUGCAGUGCGGCGCGGCGGUGACGCCGCAGUGGAGGUCGGGGCCGAUGGGGCAGGGCACGCUCUGCAACGCCUGCGGGGUCCGGCUCAAGGCGGCCGGGGCUCUGCGGGGGCAGGUGCAGCGCCGCCCCGCGCCGCCGACCUCGAGGACGCCCGCUCGUCCGCCACCGCCGGACAGCCCGGUCUCGGAGUCGUCGCCCGACAGCCCGAUCUGGGAGCCCGGGUCAGUUCCCGAUGUUUACCUGGUGAGGAAGAAGCCUCUGAAGCGGGGGAGACCUCCGCCGCGUCCGAGGACGCAACCAGCGCCCGCGCCGGUGCCGGCGCCAGCGCCAGCGCCAGCGGUGUACCUCGUCAAGAAGAAGAAGAAGAAAAAGGCGGCGGCUUCGGCGAGGAAGCCGUGGCGGCCCUCGAAGUCGGCGAAGCAGUGCCUGCACUGCGGGUCGUCGUCGACGCCGCAGUGGCGCGAAGGGCCGCUGGGCCGCAGCACGCUGUGCAACGCGUGCGGCGUGCGGUACAGGCAGGGGCGGCUGCUGCCGGAGUACCGGCCGAUAGCGAGCCCCACCUUCGAGCCGUCGGAGCACGCCAACAGGCACAGCCAGGUGCUGCAGCUCCACCGGGAGCGGAAGAGGCAGAGCCAGAGCCACCACCGGCAGCAGCAUCCUCUGCCCGUGGAGAAGCACCCUCCGCGAGCCAUGGACGUGCUUCAGUUUUCCCCCCAGCGGUGGCACGUGAAGGAGGAGUACCCGCCGACGCCGCUCCUCCAGCCUCUGCCGCAUCCGGUGGUGGACGGCAGCCUUGCCGGCGGCAUUGGGGGCAUGAUGGUCGACGCGGCGGCAGAUGCAGAUGCAGGACACGGCGGCGGCGGCAAGGGAAGUGAUGUGAACAACGCGCCGAGCUCGCUGGACUCACUGCUGCUGGAGGGCCCGUCGGCUCCGCUGCUUGUCGACGGCGACGAGCCCUUGAUCGACUAG